AUGUUUCUCUCACGCCCUGCCUUCGCUGCCGCCCGCAGAGCGGCAGUCAGCCCCAUGAUCAAGCGCAGCUUCACAAGCUCCAUUGUGCGCAGAGAAGCAGCACCUACACCUGCCAGCGGAUCCAACGAUGGCAAGAUCAAGAAGUUCCAGGAUAUUAAGAGCGAGGCCGAUCUCAUCGGCCCUGGUGCCGUGCCAGGAACCAUUCCCACCGAUCUCGAGCAGGCUACUGGUUUGGACCGACUGGAAAUAUUGGGAAAGAUGCAGGGCGUUGACAUCUUCGACAUGAAGCCAUUGGAUGCUUCUCGCCUGGGCACGCUCGACAACCCAAUUGUUGUCAAGUCCUUCGGUGAUGAGCAGUAUGCCGGGUGUACUGGUUUCCCGGCCGACUCUCACAAUGUUAUCUGGCUCACGAUGUCCCGGGAGCGCCCAAUCGAGAGAUGUCCUGAAUGUGGCAACGUCUUGAAGAUGGAUUAUGUCGGCCCACAAGAAGACCCCCACGCUCACGAUGCCCACGGACACGGCGACCACGGUCACGCAUACGAGGAGCCAAAAACCUUUGCCGAUUUCGUUCGCCCCGAGUACAGAUAG